AGGGAAGAAGAAUUUCUACGACCGACGUGGUGCAUCGUCGUAGCCGGCGCUAAGAGUCAAAUAAAAUUUAGCUCGUGCGUUUUAACCAACGGACGCGAGAGUGACACGAGGGAUUUGACGUUCGGUAAAGCGCGCGGCUUUAACGGUCCGCACGACUCAACGAUGUAAACCCGUUGUCUCCGGGUAGACGUCAGUCCUCGCGAGCUGCAACGCCCGCCGUCACGGCGAGCUUUCCCGCUGUGCAUCUGGCCGUGUAACGCCACGCGUAAAUACGCUGUUGCGUCCGAGAAAAAUUACGCUCCGUUGCGUUCUAAUAUACUCGCUCAGUAACAAAGCACACGGACUAUAAUUUGCCUUUAAAGAGCGCGAGAAAAACCUUUAUUAUGUGAAGUGCCUCUCGACACAUUGCUCGCUCCACUGUAAAGUGUAUUUUUCGAAAAAAUUCGAGGGCACUUCCUUUUUCGGCAGAAAAAUCGAGAUAAAUAUCUUUCUCUUAAUCUAAUUUCGAUAAAUGUCACUCGUAUUAAUAUGCGCGCAGCGUCAAGCGACAAACAUAAUGAAUUCCUAGAUAUCGACCGUUCCAUCAUCCGCUGUAUCGGUUAAUUUAAUUGAUGGGAAGAUACAUUUCCAUAAAAUAUUUCAACUAAUUGAUUUCUGAUGAUGGUUUAUUAAUAAUGCGUGCCGAGUGCCGUAUGCAUUUUGAUUGUUUGUGCGAUGCGCUAGCAGAUACGACGUUAAUUUAAUAGAUGCUGCGAUUCGGCAAUUAGAAUCACAGAAGAGGGAGGUAUUACGUCGGCCGUAUACCAUAUCUCGUGUUCUGAUUUCACACGUUUCGGCCGCUUUUCUUCUUCCUUUAAAAGAACGCGAUUGCACAGAUACUUUGCGAUCGAAAAGGAUAACAAUAUUGCGUUACGAUCGUUCACGCACGCAACAAUAGCCCGCGCGAAACAGAUAAUGCGAUAAACGCGGAUUAUCACGCCGAGUUACAGGCAAUAAUCGGCCGGCAUUACAGACGGAGACGUAAUGUGUAACGGACGGGUGAAUUCACGUGUUUACCUGAUUAUUGCAACGCAACAUUACGUAUCCGGUGACCUGACAUCGCGAACAUCGAAACCUCAUUUAACGGGGGUGAAGGGGGAGAGGAAAGGGCGAAACGACGAAGUGAAUUAACGCUCGCGGAGACACGCGAUCGUGCUAUCAAUCACAUUCUCGCGAUGCUUUCUCCUCGAUUCUCUCGAGGAAAUCGUCACGCGGCAGCAACGAGUGAAUCUGCAUAAAUGCCGACAAUAUAAUGCGAUACGUAACUCGUAAAUCGGAGCAUCUUGCAUGUUGCCUCGAGAGUGCCCGAAUGAAGAACUCCGCGUCUCGCGCUCGUCGCGUCGCAACGUAGGAGACGACUUUUAAUACAGUCAUCCCUUUUCGCGCCACGCCGAGCAGUAAAACCCGGAAGGAUAAAGCGAGGAGGAAGAGGAGGGGCCGACUGAAUUACAGCAAUCUUUUAUGCGUCGCGUUUUGUACGUGAAUGCAAAGGUGUGCGCGUUAACGUCGUUACCGUGGUAUCGCCCAGGUCGAAAAACAUCGUCACGGCCAUAUCCCAUGUACGUACGUACGUACGAAGUACAGAUUCGCCGAGGAUUGUAAACAAAAAUACGAUCUUGGCACCUGCAGCUCACUCCCGCGGCGAGGGGAGGACCGGUUAUGUCGUGGGCGCAGGCACGAAUCUCCGCACCGCCGGGGAAGCUAAAACCCGGAGAGGGCGGACUGGAGGGAUGCGCUUCACGCGGAAUUGCAGAGGGAGCGCCUCCGCCAUUAACUUUGAUGCGCUUAUAAAACGCAGUAGGUUCGAGCCGACGCGCGGCAGGACGCAAAACGCAGCGGCAGCGAGCGAGCAGUAGCUAUGACACGUACGUGAGUGUGUGUGUGUAUGUGUGCGUGUGUAUGUACGUAAACGCGCGGUCGGAGGUAUAGAGUUUCCAAAUUUAAUAGCCCUGUGUUGAAAGAGGGAGAGAACGACAGAGGAGGGUAAAAAGAGAGACGAAACAGAGGGAGGAGAACACAGGAAUGAGGAAUGGGUACACACCAGGUACGGUGGAUGGCUCUCGACCAUAAAUACGGGAGCUGGUUUGAUUAUAUGGAGCCCCAUGUCAAACCAGCCACCCCCGGUCUAACCGUUCCCAUCACCUACACCAUCUCUCUUUCGUCCCCUUCCCCAUCGGUCAUUGUGGCCGUGUGUCGCACGGCAUCCGCGAACGUGGCUACGCUUCAUCCUCCUCUCGCUCUCAACCGGCAGCACUUUUCUGUAUCCCUAUCGAGACGUCGCAUCCAAGUAUCGAAUACACGCAUCGCGCCUCUUACGAACACGGAAAGAUUGAAUACUUUAUCUUUUGUUCCUCGUUAUGGAAACCGGAGAGAAUGCGAGGGAGCUUUUGCAUCUUUAAAAUCUCGUUUAGAUUACUUUACGCAUAUUAAGACGAAUUAAUAUCUACAUUCAACUGCGAUAUUGGAGAUGACAUAAUUGCGCUGUCGCUGCAGCAUCAUUUUAGCAUAUCGGAGAAAAAGAAUGAAUCUCGCGAGAAGUGUAAGCGUUCUCGUGUCGAACGAUGCAUUUACACCUAUUUGCGCUGGUAGAUACGCGAGUGUGUCUCUAUGUACCGUGGCGGAGAAGCGGAGCGAAGUGCACGAUUACACGAAUCGCGGCGAUGUAGAGGCCGGAAAAGAGGUCGGUUGGCAAGCAAUUUCGUGCACCAGGCGUUCGCGAAUCUCUACUACUAUCCGGGCUAUUACGAACGACAUGCUCUUCGCCUCUUUGUACGUGCGUUCCUCGCGCGAUGUACCUGACGAUAACGUCGUCCCAAUCUUUUCAGUUACGUGCCCUUAAAUAAUUUCAAGCACGCAAACUUUUUAAAACGCGUGAAAAAUGCAAUGACACAAUUCCUAAAGCAAAAGUUUUGCCUUCAACUUUUUACAUGCGUGUCAAUUUAAACGAAUACAUCACAUCGAUUUAUAUACUCCGUUUUCAGAAAACAGAAUACAUUGUUAAUUAUGAUUUCGAAUGAGUUCUUCCUUCGGGAGAAACCGUAAUUAAAAUGCGAGACAAAAGGUUAGAUGUUCUCGAAAGAGAGGAAGAGUAUCAUUCCGAUUUUACUACCCCGUGCGUAUUAAACUUAAACAGGAGAAUCGUCCCGGUAGAUUCCUCGUUCAGGUGGAACGGUCGGAGAACCCCGGCCAAUUUAUGCCCCCAUAAUUUUCAUGGGGGAGCAACCGUAUCGCUUUGUUCAUAGCGCGCAUUGUCGCGACGCGAUCCUCGGGAAAUCGAGCGAGCUCUUAAAUGCGCGGCACGAGAUCGUUACACGAACAGCGAAACUCGACGGGAAAUUAGAAAACAGCGCCAGAAUUAAUCCGACGUCGAGGGGGUGCGACCGACAUGCGGCUCGCGUUGGAAACGUCCGGCGCAGAAUUCAACAAUCCGACAACAAUCCGGGUCAACCUGACGUGGCGCAACGAUGACGUCGCGUGUUCCCAUAGAAAUAAACCCUAUACCGCUGUUAAUGAUCCGCUAUUAUUGUUCCCAUUUUCGUGGCGUACUCCCACGGCUGUCGUCCAAUCAGCGCCGGGUUUAUUGGCUUUUAAUUGAUUACAAAUGACAGUUUGAUUGGUCCUCUCGCUCGCGCGCACCAUUCCCGUUCUAAUGGCGGCGUUUCGAAAAAUCGAUCGGCGUGUCAUCAAACCGUGUUUACGUUUUUCGCCUGUCUUUGUCUACGACAUUCCGCAUAUAUGUAGUUUGUGAAUCUGCACGCUUAAAAUCAGUCGCGAGAUCUCGAAAGCGCGUUAAUAUCAUCCCUUUAAUCUAGCGCGAUUUUAUCUCGCAUUGAUUUCAAGAAAUGCUUCUUGGAACAGAGCCCUGUUUGAAAAUUCCCUGCAGUGAUAUGCUUUCAGAGAAUGAUAAUUUAAUUAAGAUUAUGUGACACAUCUUUCUAUGUCCAAUAUAUAUAAUAUGUGUGUGUGUGUGUGUGUGUGUGUAUCUCGCAGCUUUACCAUUCGCUAAUUACGAUUCUUUACGCAAUUAUGGAUUGCGCGUGACACAUAAGCCAAAAAUUUACAGUCCUAUUAACGCGACGCGUCAAACCGGAAUUGUUUGCUCGCGAGCGAUAUUCACUUAUAAAAUUAUAAUUACGCCGUCUCUCACAAUGUUAUCAUUACCGCGCGUUAUCGAGACGAUUCAACGGGAUUUUUAUAUUAUUUACGUUAAUACUUUCAAAAUCAUGAGUGUCGAACUAAUUGAAAUAACGGAAAAAUAUUCACGUGUCGCACAAAUUAGCGAGCGAUCCUUACAGAUUGUAUACAAGUAAUUAAUAAGAAGAAAUGAUUAAUACAAAGAUUAAACCGUGCAAGAGAUGCAACUUUCGUAAUAGUUCACAGUCGCGUGUAUUACAGGUGCAUCUCAAUGUGCAUUUGAACGGAAUCAAGCAAUUUGCUUAUUGGCACGCGCUCGCGUAUCGGAUUCGUCUUAAUCUAACAGUGCGAUAAAACCCCCGGCGGAAAUGGAGGACGCACGUGACUUAAGCGAAAGUAGAAUUUCGUUCGCGCGAAGAAGAUGUGUUCGUGAUGAUAGAGACCUAAUCGAAAUUCCACGGCGAGAUACAUCCGUGGAGAAAGUACCGUGACCAAUGCAAGGAGAUAGGCAAAAGCACCGUUGUGUAUCUUCGCCGCGUAUUUCACGAUAAGCCGCGUAUGCGGAACCAGAAAAUUGCAGGAUUAAUUCUGGCACGCGCGCGCCUUUCGGGAAAUCGCGGCGAUUUGCAACGAUGUCUGCCCCUGAAUGUGGCAAUGCCGAGCAUAAGACGCGAUCGCAAUUGUGGCAAGGCGGUAUCAAAUUAUCAUCAGUUAUGGCAGGUGCAUCCGCAACAUUUUACCUUUAUAGAUUAUAUAUAGAUAUAUAUAUAUAAUUAAGCGUUAAUUAGUUAAAAUUUAAGUAAGAAAAUUAGAAUUUACUUUUACAAGACAAUUAACCAAAUAAUUUCUUUAUAAACAUGACACUCUAAUAUACGUUAAAUACGCUAAUACAAUAAUGUUUAUUUAUUAUUUUAAUUUAUUGUGUUACCAUUAAAAAAUUAUUAUACUAUUACUGCUUUCUCAAUUAUAUUUUAGUGCGAAUAUUAUUUAGAAGAUUUAUUUGUGGUUUUUCUCGACCACGAGUUAAGUUUAUCAAAACGUUUGCGAUUCAAGAAAUAAUUAAAAAAAUUAGUUUUCCAGAAAAGAAGGCAAUAAAACGACAAAGCAUCAACCUUUAAGAAAGCUUAUGGAAGUCAGGAUAAAUAAACCCUCUAUUUUGUGACGAGUAACCUUAUAGCGUGUCAUAUAGCUUUUCCUUUGGCGUAACCUUAUUCAUCGUUUCAAGAUCGUACCUGAAAAGGUGUAAGCCUGCGCCGCGAUCCAAUAAGUGUCAUGUUACCAGACGACGGAACGAAUUAUCGCGUCGCGCGGUCGAUUUUGAAAUUAGCGGCGCCUGCGACAAUCAAUUCGUAAGAACCGAUUGAAUUUCACUUAAAGGCUCGGGGAGAAACAGAGAACGCGGAAAAUGCGGCAACGCGAGUCGUGCAUAGUGGGCGCGAUUGCGGAUCGUGUGCGCCAAGAAAUUACACGAUUGCUGCAAAUCAGAGUUGAUUAUAAAUUUAAUCACCGCUAUUUAUCGUACGGCCACAACGCAAGUUAUACCGCUUGUCCUGAAAUUAUAGGGGAACAAGAAGCGCACUACAAUUACAUUUCAACAUUUAUUACCUCUAUGUAAAUAAAUAUAGUGUUACGGUGUUAUAAAUUAACGAGAAAUCUUCAUCGACGAUUGCUUAAGACUUGGUUUCUUGGAGUUUCAUUACUUGCGAAUUUUACCGAUAUCAACACUGAACGCAGUUCGCAGCUAAAGAAUUAAUCUAUGACCAUUGUUAGAUAAGUUGCACAAUGACGUGUGUCACAUACAAUUAUUAAAGUCAACCCCCAUAGUGAUAUUAAGUCGGCCAUGUCAAUAUUUUAUGCUCGCAUUGAUAUCAUUCUCGCUAAAAGAGGAUCAUCACUCGUAACAAACGAGAUACUAGAGGAUCAUUAUAUCUCUGGUUUUGGCAGCAGUUACUACGAAACGGACGCAUCAGCGAGCGUCUAUAAAAUUGUCAUUAUAUACAUAAUACCUUUGAUCGAUUAGCAGAAUUUCAAACAAUAUGACACUGAUAUACUGCUGAUACACCCGCGCGCGAGCUUUAUCGAUUAACCGGAAGCGCGUCAUCGGCUAUCGAUUUCAAAUCGUACAACUCCGGUUCAUCCGACACUUCUCUACUCCUCACCCCCUUCUCUCUUUCUCUUUCCCUCUUUUUUCUAUCUUUCUCGGUUGUGUCCACAUUACGUACCUCGCAUUUCUCUUCUCCGCGUAGUACAGAGCUAGCUGUCUCUCCUGCAGGCGAGAAUGAACAGCCGCCAUUUCGCGGUGAUGUUGGUUGUGCCAGAGUUGAAACGAGAGCGAGAUGGCGAGCGUCAUUCCAAAAGGGAUGGAGAGUUGAUGGAAGAAGAGGGCGGAGAGAGCAAGGGAGAGGGAGAGAAAGAGAAAGAGAAAGAGGGAGAGAGAGAGAGACAUCGACUAGGAGGAACGGGAGAUUUAAACGCCAAAUUCAGGACCGAACCAUCAUCCACUUCCUCUCUCCUGUCCCUCUUGAGCUCCAUCGCUACUCCCUCUCGUCGAGUUUUACGUCACUCGAUAUAUGCACGCGAGUUUAUGCCGGCGAGCCGGUAAUUCCGACACGGGGCAAGAGUUUCACGUGAGCCACCCCUCCCGGACCGAGGGGACGAAUAGGAGAGGAAAACGAAAGGCAGAAGGUAGCACGACGGAGAGAAAGAGAUUACGGAGAAGAGAGAAGGGAGAGAAGGCGCGAGAUAUCCGCCUUAGGAAUUUCUGAAACGUCACUCGCCCGCGCAACUCCGCGGCCGUUUCGAAGGAAAUUUAAGUUUCAUGGGAUCGAGGUGGUACCUGACUGCGAGCGAGCUGGUAUACAUAAACGGUCGUUCGUAUGCGCGCCGAACGAGCAGACGGAUGGCGUGGCCCGGGAACGUGUACAUAGGUAUACGUAUGAGCGAUACGAUAUCUCUAGUAAACGAGAGAGCCAGAGUCUGAUACACGUCCGGACCUAUGAAGAGACGAGGUUCGUCCCACCGCCGCCGUCGCGGUAUAUACGAUAUGGUUAUUAAAAAUGAGUAGUUCGUGGUCGGACGGACCGCGCAAAAAUUGUACGCGCGCUCUAUUUGAGUAACGCUGCUCGUCUCUCGCAAUAGCGAGAUCAAGACAAAACGGGGUGCAGUUGUACCCGGACCGGGACGAGGCAGGAGAGAGAGAAUCGAGCAAAUAGCUGGUCUACGAAAAUAAGGGUGGGCGAGAAUGCGAGUGGAAGUGAGUGCGCUCUCGUUUGCAUUUUGCGUCGCGCAGUUCUCUGGUUGCUCGCGCGAACCGGGAAAAUUACGCUCUCUAUUCUAGGCGACAUCGCGACACUAAAAUUGCGUCUUGGAGUAAGUUAUAAUGGUGACUGUAAUUUCUACGCUGCGAAAUUAUCUCUUUUUCCCGUCGCGCGCCACUUUUCGAGGAGCAACGUGCAACAAAUAGAUCGCCAAAUUCGAAUGUGACAGACAAGCGACGACAGACAGCGUAAGACAGAAUGUAACAGAAAUAUCCAAGUACUAUAAUAUAACUCAGCAAUGAAAAUGGAAAAUCAUUUUUAAUACUUUACCUCGACAAAUUGUUCCGUGUUCGAAGAAGUAAAGCAGCUUCGCGCGGUUUACGAAACAGCAGGAUUGAGACAUCGACAAGUCAGAUGAUUUACAGUAAUGACAGUCGUUCUCACACUGAUGAUAAAAACCACAACGCGAUAUCGGAAAAAUUAAAACGUAACGCAAAUCCUUUCACUCGCGGCUCGUCGUAUCUCAUUGUAGUUGCGCACAUUGAUGGUCGGAAUUAAAAUACACUGAACAAAAAAGCCGUCGUUCGCCACAGCGGUGGCAAAUUAGUUGCCACGUCAUCGGUAGAAAGAAUACGCGCGCGACAACCGUGUAAACAAAGUUAUGCAAAAUUGUUUGUCGGCCGUAACGCUGCGCUGACGGAACUGGACGAUGAACACGGAAGGGGGAGGGGAGGGGAAGAGAGAAUGGCAAUAUGAAUGGACAAUUCUCAAUCGUACUAAUCCGCGGUAUGUUUAUCCGGCGAAUGAUUACACGCGUGUCUCGCGAUACAUCGGUGGAGGGGGCAGAGGGAGAGCGCGAAAAAAACGGAGCGCGAGAGCCACUCUGCUGAUAAAACUUUCAAUUGCAUUUCUCUCGCAAAACGCGAUAAUUUUCAUACGGGCCGAUGUCUCCCGUCACCUUCGCUCGCGGCCAACUUGUAAUUACACGCGCUUACCGUUCGCAACACGACGAAAAAAAAAAAUAAAAUAAAAUAAAGAAAAGAACGAAGGCAUAAAAGGAACGGAGAAAGAGGGAGAGGAGAAAAAAAUGUCGCGCUGCGUUAAAAGGUUGCAAAAGCGAGCUCAUAGCGCAACUUUUAAUUACAUUUAUCUGCCGGAGAUGACACGUCCUCACUCUUUUUAUCCCGCGGUUACUCUCGUCGCCCCGAGAGCACGUCAACACUCAAUUACAGUGAUACACGCGCGUCUCACCUUCCUUUCUGUCUAUCGCGGAUCUUACACACGUAUUGUAAACGCGACGUGAAUUAUUUCAAGUACAGAUAAAUCGCGAUAUAUCGGAGAAAUCCGUGUCAAGUUGCUGUGGAUAGUAAACUCUCGAUGUAAGCAAACUCUUAAUUUCUCGAAUAUUAGCAUCUUCAAGUUCAGGGUUCGCAUUUUAGUUCCUGAAUGUCUAAAUCAAGAGAAGAUUACGUUUCCAGACAAAUAAACGAUUUAGUCGAAAGGCACACAAAAACUGUGAGUAAAAAUUAAUAAAAGUAAAUAAGCGAGCUUAUUUCUCUCUCUCUCUCUCUCUUUUCAAUGUUACGCGCACGGAUCUCCGGAUUCCUCGGGGCACUUAAUCAAGUAGUAUUCUCGAGUGACUAAUUGGCAGUCUCACUCACACGCGCGUACGUGAUGCACGGAUGAACGUGAAAGAGGGAACGGGAAUGACAGCGGAGGGAAGGAAGGCCCCUCGUGCGCGUAGAACACGUCUGUUCGCGGUCUCGUUAUUACGUUUCGCGGUUGUCCGUGCCGGUACGGCCACCGACAAAACAUCGAUGCUCGACAUAAUGCACUCGGCGAGCACGCGCGGGUUGUACGCGCGAGUACGCGCCGCGAAAAUUGGUCCGUCAAUGUCGCCGCCCUUUUGAACGUUGACAAAACACCGGUCGAUCCUUGCGCGACUUGGAAAGCUUUUGUCACCGGGGACUGAAUCGCUUGCCAAUUAAUCCAAUCUCAAUCGUACGGUCACGCGUUAUCGCGAAACGUGCAGAUGUCUAGAAUUUGGCGAUGAAAGCGUCGAAAGUUUAUCCAACGGCACGUACACGUUACGUAAUUGUCCGACAAUAAUUAUUAACUAUAUCAAUAAUCUUCUCGUAUUCUUUUAUUUCGAUAAAUCUCGGUAUUACACAUCUCCAUCUCUUUUACUUCUUCUAAUAUAGAAAAUCAAGUUUGUGUCCCCCCUAAUGACUAUAAUCACACGAUGUAAUUGCGAAAUGCGAAACCCUCGUGUGUCAGACGCUUCUAACGAACAUUUCGCUUUUUAUAAAUUAAACGAAUAGUACUCGUACGAAAAAAACUUCAGAAUUAAUGGUAACGAAACGAUCUCGGGGGAAAUUAAUAAAUAGAGCGGCCGCAGCGGCUGCACCACGUCUGGCGUUGUCGGCCGUUGAAAUUUUGAUCAAGCGACUUAUGGCGUGCUCGCUCGUUAUGGAGCAUCGAAGGCACGGCGCUUAAUCCUAAGAAGCGUCAUAAGCGGAUUCGGCUCGUGCCAGAGUAGAAAGAGAGAAAAUGAAAUUUCCGACUGCAUCGACCACGCUCUCCGAGGGGCGCUGACGUUUGAGGGGAUAAAGCGAAAUACGCCUCGAGAGAAGGUAAAUCUCUUGCGCCAGUAAGAAACGUGCAUUUUAAAUGUCUCUAAACAAAAAUAACUGCGUUAGACGUUUCCCUAUUCAUUUCCGAUUGGGUUAUAAAAUUUCGACCAUGAAAAUGCUCCGCGUAUUCCUGAUCGAUUACGUUUAAGGAAAGAAACGUAAAAAUAAUAUCGUAAAGACAUAUCGUCUGUACAACUUAUCUUCGUGCUAUCCUCUCAUAAAAAAAUAUUCUCAGCUCAAUAACAUAGUACCGGCCUAAUAAUAUAUCUUCGCGCUUAAUGAUAAGUGGAGUAAAUAGAUUAAAUAGAGAUUUAGAAAUAGAGGAAUAGCGCAAGGCGAUACUACUCGACGUAUAAUCAUAACUUCAAUGAUCGAGAUUCGUUACAAUAACAAAUUAAGCAACACAAUACUCGAAAGUUAAAAUUACUAUGUAUUGUUACUUGUCCGAUCAGUGGACCGAUUCAGCGAACGAUUUCUAAGGCGGUCUGACCGUGACGGAAAAAAAUUCAAGUUUUUUUUUCCCCUCGCGGCACGAAGCGCGAUAGCAGAAAUCAGGUGCAAAGCAGUAGCAACGAUGGGUGUUAAUUACGAAUGUAGUCGAGAGUAGCGGCGAUUAGAAUUCCACCCGCGAGAAAAUCGUGUGAAGCGCAGAAAUUGUGUUAUCGUGAAAAAGUCCCCGCACGUAUCAUUAAGACCUUUUCACUCGCUCUAAUUUCCCGCCAUUCUGCCGGGUCUGCCGGUGCAGACGCAAAAGAGACCGGAGAUAGAGAUGAGUCCCUGACCGGAAUAAACACUUUGGGAAUGAACUUUCUACUAUCUUAGCGCGUGCCUUUUUCGCUGGGAUUUUGUGGGUCAGUAUUACUUCGACCGCGCGAUGCAUGUGUGCGUCCCGAGACGCCAUGAAAGUGAGAUUCUUGGUAAAGAUUUCAUUCGGCAAAAUGUGUGACUCGUAAAAUGUUUAUAUUCUUAGAUUUUCAUAGACACAAUAUGUGCAUCAAGGAGAAACAUUAAGGACAGAAACCAUAAAAUUCUAAUAAUCUAGUUCCUCGAUUAGUCAACUUCUAUUUGCACUAAAAGCAUAUAGAAUGCACUAAAAUAAAGAUAGAUUUCUCUAAUAAGAUUGGUUGGUUUAAAUGCAGGUAAUCACAACAUUAAUGAGACUAGAAUGAUCGAGAGAGAUGCUGGCUGUCAUGCGGCUUGCGGUUUUUCAACGGAAAUGAGCGAAAUUCGACGCAGCGGCGAUUAUAACACGAUCCGCUUUCAGACUCAUGUAAAUUUCAGGAAGAUUUCCGAGCGAAUAUUUCGUGUGGCGACGCGAGAAAAUCCGGUCGUCGUCGGAUAAUUCGCUGAUGGCUAAUGGCCGUCCAACCAAAGCGGUGCACGUGCAACGCGAAUUUAAUUCGGUGUACCUGCAUAUUGCCGUAGAGGCUGAUCGGCUAUUCUAAAGAGCAAGGUAGUCUCACGUGAAACAGAAAUAAAUUAAUAAACAGCAGUCUAUUUCCCGUCGUGGAAAUGACGAUUUCGAAUGCGCAUCGAACGUGAUGCCAAAUGAAACGUAUUAAUUAUAAUUCGAUAAUUCAUGUUGCGGUGAGCGACUUUUAAUCCCUACACCAUAUAUGUAGUGAUCCAAAACUAUCAUAUCAAUAUAAAAGCAAUUAUGUUAAUGUAAGCUUAUUCCAUUAAAAGAUCACAUUGAAAGUUAACCAAUACUCCUUAAAUUAAAUAAUUUUAAUAAAUUUUUACUCAGUUUGUGACUAAUUAAAACAAAGAGUAUUAGUCAAAAUAAAAUUGUCAGCGAUUAUAUCACGGAUCUCAAAAUAUGACGGACAAAAAUAAUUUUCUCGACAAGAAAAUACGUAAUAAAUGACCAACUUAAUGUAUAUGCAAUCUGCAGUUUAUACCCCAUCCAAUGCGGCAUUCGCAACGGGACGUGUGCAAUAUUUGUCAUCAAACACGAUAAAAGUAAACAGAUAAAUGAAAAUGAGGAACAAUUGCGCGAUCAAAUACAUACUCGAUAUUAAAUGAUAUUUAGUCGCCAAUAACGAUUGAUGCCGUAGAUUUCGUUAUCGUUUUCGGAACGGCACACGUUUCCGGGAAGUUUGCGCGCACCAGCGGCGCAAAAUAUAUAUUUCUCGUAUAACUCGCACGGUAUCAUUUCCUCUCUCACGACUGCCACUCUUUUAAAUAUUCCCAGGAUAGAACUCGAGGUACACACCAUUUUGGGGAAACCCCCGAUUAUAUAUAACCUGACGUUUCGCAAAAUUUUUCCUGGUCGUGAAGCGCUCCGCGUCGCUGAAAAUACUCGCGACAGUUUCGCGCGAGUAUUCUUUUUAUUAUGAAAAGAUGGAAAGCGAGUCCCGCUGGAAAAAUAAAGAGCGGUCCCACGCUCCUGCGCGAAAAAGGCCUUCCGCCGUGAGAAUACCGAUCGUUAUCUCGCGCAGAAAAUUCAGGAGCCACGCGAAUUAGCAUGAAUUCAAUUAAAGCCCUGCCCCUCCGGAGAGAAAAUUCGAUAAAAAUACGGAUGUCUCCGCUGCCAAAUUAGAUCAAGUCCGAUUCGCUAAACAGAAGUUGAUAGAUAUAUAUUUCGAAAGCAUGAUAUUUGUACGAUCCAUCUCAAAAGAUUCUACAUUAUACAGAAUUCUACAUCGAGAGCUAUAAUAUACCGUUCAGGAUGUGCACGCAAUUUGUCAAACUUCGAAUAGAAAGUGAUGGACUCGGUUGUUGAUUAUGUGAUGGACGUAUAUUGGACACGUGCUAGCCUUGAAACCGAAAUAAUUGGAACUUAGGAGUCUGCUCUCUAAAUUGCAAUCAGUGUAUUAUCACUGAUUUGCAGCGGUAUACUUAUAGCUGUGUUAGUGAGUAUUCACUGUUUUUUAGUGAUUCUUACUUCAGAAUUAGUGUAUAAUCACUGAAAGAUCAGUGUAUUUAUUUCACUGAUUGACAAGUCAUAAGUAUACUAAAAAUCAGUGUAUUUUCUUUGAUUUCAUUGAUUUUUCACUGAUUGUAAUUUAGAGAGUGUAAAAGCACUGUAAGACAUGACUGUAAUACGCAUUAACGAUUAAAAAAAAAAAAAUAUUAAUAUCUUGAUGCAAAUAUAAAACGCCGUACUUUCUAAAACAAUUGUAAUUGCAAAACAAAAACAUGCACUUUAAGCACUAAUUUAAUAAUUUUAUCCUAAAAAUACAAAUUGUUUAUUAAUGAAGAAAAUAUUCUGAAUGACAGCAUUAAAAAAAUAAUAUUAAAAAAAUGUUUUCUGAUUCGUUAUAGCACGUUUAGUAUAUUACAAUGAUAAAUUGGCAAAUCUGUGCAGGGUUCUGACAAAUGUAAAAAAAAAAGGAAACACGGAAAGUCAGGUAUGAUUUGGAUCGCAUCCAAACGUGAUCGGAACCGUCGUCAGUUCUGCCAUGCGCGAAAGUAUCGUAUGCAGGAAGUUUUGAGCGAUCGUUUUGUCAUGCCCGAGUUCAUAUUGGGUGAACGUUAUGAUGAGCGAGAAACGCGGAUGACGCUUCACUUCUGUAGAGUAUUACAAAUACGCGUUUGCAACAAAAUGUACACUGUUCGAGAUAUUACUGCUAAUUUUAAAAAAUUAAAAUUAAAAAAAAAAAAGAUUCCCAUGCACAUAUAAGUUUGGGAGAAACCCUGAACUAGAGCAUUUCAAUUCAAUCCAGCACAAAAUGAAAUAAAUCGGUCAAGGUGUGUUAGAGAGAACUGUAGUGUUGUUACUGAGUUCUGAGAUAACAAUUAGGGUAAGCCAGACCUGUUUUGACGCUUCAGGCUAUUGCCAGUCUAGUCUGCAUCUCAAUUCGAUCUUGAACUUGAACCAACUAUAUCCACACGCAUAAAGUUAACUAUAAUACUUUAAAAAACACACGCACACACACACACGGAAGGAACAAUUUUUUGCUAAACUCUCUAAACGACACUUAGCUAGAUACAAAGCCGAAAAAAAUUUUAGAUUAUCAAAAUAAUUAUGGACUCAAACUGAUUUCCAGAACGUCAAAAUUUUUUGUUGCUUAUACUUGAGCGUCCUAAAUAAUUAUUUUAAGUCUAAUAAAAAUAAUUUUCUGAUCUGUAUUUAGCUAGAUUUUUAGAUUAGACUUUAAUAAAAUUAUUUUCUCCGUGUAUAUACGUAAAAUAUGCAGUGUAGAAAGAGAUCUAAAUAUACAGCGACAAUCCAAACGAGUAAGAGAGAUGAAAAGAAAGUAAUUUUUUUAGUGGUAAUAAGAACGGCGCAAUAAAGCACGCUGCAAUGCGCGCGAUGAAUUGAUUAUGAAUGUAUUUUAUGUCUAACGAGAGCACUUGAUUAACGAAAGGAGGAAAGAAUGAAGUUCACGCUCGGGCUGGCGCUCAAUUCGUUAUUGUCUUUCUUAAACGAGAGAAUACUCGUGGGCCAAAUUAACGGCGCGCGUUAUGUUAAGCGAAAGGGUGAAGAGGGGGGAGAAGGGUCCUCGCUGCAGAACGUCGUGUCUUUUGUGAAACGUCGGAGAAAGUCGGUAAAAUGUUUUCCUCGCGCGGAUCGCAAAGACGGUGGAAACGUCGGAGCGGCGGAGCACAACGGAGGUUAAAAUUUGAUGCAACCUUACCUAGAGGGUUAUACGUGGGAAGCUGUGUCGCUCGAAACAAAAGCGACGUGACGUAAGCAAUUGCGAGCGCGUGCCGCUCCGACCUCGCCUUUUCCGCGGAGGUACCGUGAUAAUGAAAGCGAAUUGUAGUAAGCAUGCAACAGCUGUACAAAGAUAGAAACAAGAGAAAAAAUAAUAACGAGAAUCAAUUAGAACUACGUGUCGUUACGAAACCUCGGUCAUUUUUUCUAAAUAAAUAAUUUAUACAAAUCUUUGAUUUUUCAUUCCGCAAAUAAAAAUAAUAAAGUUAUCGGAGAGGACAAGAAGAACCGAGAUUUUAUUUCUGUACUGCCUGCAAAAUGUGUUUCGAGAUUUACGUCUUGAAUUCGAUGCUUUCCCUAAGAAUGCUUGAUAAUAAAGUUUUGUGCGAUACACGAACUAGUAUUUAGAUGUAAAUGUCUACUCAUUUGUAUACGUACGACUUGUUUUCGACUACACUUUUUCUCAAGUUUAUCAGACGACAUGUUUUGGUACAGUAUGCAAUAGUUUGCAUAUCUUUCUACAAGAUAGAAGAUCUCGUUGUAUUCUACUUGAAAUUUGUCUGAACGUUAGAGUAAUAUUAGAAAUACCAGGAUAAUAUCAUAAUUCAUAAUAUCGUACUCGUUGAAAAAAUGGUAACAAAACACAAAUAUGCAUAUCCCGUUUCCAGAAGCGUUGCUCUGAAAAAGUAAUAAAGAGCUCUUCUCAGCAUUUCUUUCUCAGCGUAAAGCUUCGAAUUUCAUCGCGUGAAACGUACGCGCGAUAACGAGUUAAGUAGUGGCGUGUAAACCGAGACUUCGUAACGCAAAAGAACCCCCGCGGUAUUAUUCAUCUCGUCCAUGUCCUCUUGUGAGGCGACCGGGUCGCCAGCGAGAACUGGUAAACUGGCAAGUUCCAAGUCGGGAGCUCGUUGCUUUCGCCGUCCUUCUCCGGUCGCCCGCGCUUGCUAUGUCGAAACGUAAGAGACAAAGAGCUCGAAGUCGCGGAACAAUGAGACCUGAUAUCGCCCGGUUCAACUACGUACACACCUCUCUUCUCCCUCGCGUUUUCACGCUGACGACGACAACGACGACAACGACGACAACGACGACAACGACGACAACGACGACGACGACGCUGCCGACUUUACCCAUGUUAUUGUGCGCGCGUCGGGACGGCUUACCUAAUGGCGUACAAUUAUCGUUCCUGAAAAACUUGCCCCGCCAGACGGUCUACUUUUUUUGCCAUCCCUCCUCUCGCUCCUUCCCCUCAGUUUAUGGAAUCAACAUUUUAGCGCUCGCGCGACCGCUCGAGAUGUAAUUAAUCCUCGGCGCGUUAGUUCCCGAAGAUGAGACGUUUAUGCGUAAAUUCGCGCACUUCUUAUAACCGCCGCGUGACGGACGGAAUCUCGCGUUUGUUUGCGCAACGUAAAAACGUGACGCAAUGCAGAUCGGCGGACCGUCCUGCAUUUCCGGUGUUUUAGAGGUACGUAUAUUUCUUACGUUUACCAUGCACGCGCGAUACGGCAAUACUUUCACGACAACCAGCGGUGGCGAAAAUCAUCGAAAUUCCAACAAAUUACAUAAAGUAGCUUUAAUAGUUGCAAGUAUGCUCAUUAUUUUCAAGCAAAAUUUUGGCGAGGCAUGUAACUAAAUUUUGCAGAAGAGAAAACUAAAUUUUCGAUCGGUCAUGGACAAACGACGACCGCGCCGGCGAUUUUUACGCUUUCGUUACGGAUGGAAAUUUUUGUUUAAUUUUGCCAGGAGCGCCGCACCUGAAAAAAUAGCGCCCGAUAACGACUGCAUCAGAACAGCCGCGGCAGUAAUUGUCAACCGUGGCCGCGGAAUUGUUGUCCGUCUCCCGCGACGAAACGUUUUGCCCCUGUUUUUCCCCCGACUAAUUUUCGCGCCGCCACCCACCCCCGAUUACGUCACACCGGUAGGAAGUCGCUGCCGAGCGCUACCGUAUUGCGAUGCAUUCGCCGCGGAACCGGCCAUUUACGACGGGACAUCUUCCGCGUCAGUUUUAAUGAUCUGGCGCGAAAGAAUGGGGCACUUUUCUACGCAGAAAAGCUAAUUGUUGUAUUCAGUACGGGCACUCUCUCCCUCUCUCUUUAAAUCACUUUUACACGCUCGUUCCCAACGCUCGUGUUUUUUUUUCUUCUUAACGUAGUGUUGCUAAGAUUUAAAUGCUCGGCGAGUCGAAAGCGUAAGAACAAUCUUUGCCGCUUAUCUUUAAGCCUUGAGGAUACGAAGAUCAUCGUUCAGUUCACCGCUCACUUAGCGAAUUCCACCGCGUGAAUUGGGAAGAGCCCCGGCGAUGCUCCGCUUCCCCCCAUAAUCGCGUAAAUAAUUGUAAUCGGUUUAAUGGAAAGCCGGGGACGGCCGGUUCUUGUGAACCGCCUAAAAAAAAAUUCCCUCGGAAAGUAACUAGCUUAAUCAGACACAGACAAUUACGCGUAAUUAUACCGGGCGCCGCCGCGCAAUUUCUCCUUUUGAUCUACUAGCGACGACGCUACCUCACGAGGUAACGCGCUUAAUGCUCGCGGGAGUUAACGCUGGGCGAUAAAACCGAAGUUGAACAGCGUAGGAAUGGGGCUCAUUGUCAGACUAGAAUAAGAGACAGCCUCGCGGCGCGGCGCGGCGCGGCGCGCUCGUGCGUCGGACGUUAUCUUAAUAUUUCGCGCGAAAGACAAUGAAACUUAAACGGUCGUAGAUUCGCAGGCUGCGUUACGCGUCUUUUACGAGAGAUAGCAAACGAGAACUUGGUUCCUUUAUAAGCACGCCACUUUUAUACGUAUAUACACGUACGCGCUGCCUUUCCCCUAAUAAAAUGCGCGCGGACAGAAAUUUAAUCCCGCGCGUUUAACAUAAUUAGUAUUUGCUCGAUCAAAGCUUGCCCAACUAAUCAACGUCAAUCUCAGUUGAUCGAGAUUUAGAAAGACAAGUCGCUAAUAAAGCUUACAAGUUUUAUAAAUUAAAUUAAAUGAAUAAGAUACGAAAGUAAAAUCCACUUUAUCUUCGCGUGACGACGAAGAUAAGCAAAAUCAGCAACUAGCAAUUAUUUAAUAAUAACCUUUCAGGUAUUGAAUUGCGAUAUUAUAGCUGUUCUCUCCUGUUUAAAACAAGGAUACGCGAGGCAGAAGACCACGAAAACGGCGCUCACGUCACUUUCCCCGAAAUCGCGUCGAUUAAUCACGAUCGUUUACGAGACUUCGAAGCGUGUCGGCCGCAGUCCUCCGACACUCGCUCGUCCGAGAAUCGGUUGGCCGUGAGCGUGCAAACGCAGGGCCGCUAUCCUUGCUUCCCACCACGGCGAAAGGCGACCGCGGCGGCGGCGGCUACGGCGGCGGGAGUCGCAAAAGCAAGAGUCAACGUACGUACGCUCGGUUCCGCUCCGCGACGCGGCGAGGAUACUACCGACAGUGUGCCAUCGAAAGGAGUCAGUUUCCGCGUGGUCUCCGGCGCGUCGGUCACGCCAGGUGUUGUCGUUUCACCUACCUGUUCGCUCCGCGUGUCUCUCCCUCUACUCUGUUUACGGCGUGCACGCACGUAACGCACAGGGAGAUGCGCUCGACGCUCCGAAAUGUUCAUCGCGCCCAAGUCGCGCUACUCUCGCUCGUUCUCCUGACGCGAGGUUUCGAAGCAUCGAAACCAGCGAGAUCGAACGUGACCAGUGCUAUUUCGGAGGACUACGGAGAUGAGAUACUUGCGAACAUGAAUCUAACGACAUUCAAGGAAAGAUACCGAAGGCUGAUACCCUACAUGACUUUUUACGUCGCCAACAACUACCUGAACGCCCAGACGCCUGCGUUGGCGCAAAAUUACGCAGACGACCUGUCGGGUACGCUGCUCCGGAAGCCUCAGUCGCAACAGCACCCUCUAACUCGGCUCGUUGGUGUGCCGAGGCGGGGUAGUGCUAAUAAGUACCGCGUCAACUCACCCGACCAAGACAAGAAGUUCGUUCCGUCCGUGCAAUUUGAUCCAAGAAAUAUCGGAGGCGACAACGACUACUUCGCGCCAGUCAAGUACGACACCAAGAUCAACUACGCCGAGUAUUCCACUCCGUCCUAUCAACUCUAUCAAGUGCAAAAAACUUAUCCGGAAAUUACCACGCCUGCCAGUCGUAUCUUGAAUAAGGAAAAUCGAUAUUUCGUCACUGCGAGACCCUUGAAACCGUCUGCUCCUGUGAUCAAGAAACCGCUGCUCGGCAACCCGCUGGACGAUUACGAUCAAGAUUACACGGUGAGGCCGAACGUCGCCGUUAAUUAUCACAACAAGGAAUUCGAGGGGCUGAGGUACAUUCCGUCGCACGUGAACGUGCAGCAGCAGUCGGUGAAAUCACCAGCUGUCUCGCUUUACCGAAAGCCGAACGUGAAUCUGAAUAAUCUGAUCGAGAGUUUCCAGUUGUCCGAACAACUGCCGGAAAUGCUGAACAAAGACAACCUCGACAGCAGCAUCAAAACGCUCAUAGAGAUACUCAAUAUCCUGCAUAGUACGCGGCAGGAGAAUUUUCCGCAGCCGCAAGAACCACCCUUACCACCGCCGUCACCUUCUAGAUUAGUCAACUACGAUGUUUACAAACCAAAAAUAUAUACGCGGCCAAAAGUGAUCACCGAGACGAGAUUCCAAGUGACACCGAGCCCUCUGAUAAUCACCGAUGAUCCCGAACGAUACAAGGCGGAGGACGACGACGUCCCAAUCAAAUCAUCAUUGCAACCGGACUACAACCUGAAUCACGUAAAGGACGAGAAGGUGGAAUACUACGUACCUUACGUUCAGGACAUCUCCAACGAACCCAAGCAAGGACUUAGACCAACGUCCACACCCACUGCUUCUACCACCGGCCAUUCGUACGAGAUCACGGAAGAUCUGAGCGACGAUAUCCUGCAGGAUGAACGGUACACCCUGCCGAUUUCUACCGAGGCGUCCACGAGUCAACAAUAUGUAGCGCCGAACGAAGUUACGCACCCGGGACCGAAAAUGCCACUGCCGGCUUUAAAGUACGGCGCAACGCGUGGAAAACCUAACGUCGACUACCCGGCGUACGCGACUAUACCGGAGACCAAAUUCAAUUGCAAGGAUCAAAGGUACAAGGGAUUUUUCGGCGACCCAGAGACCGGAUGCCAAGUAUGGCAUUACUGCGAUCUCAAUGGCGGCAAGUCAUCGUUCUUAUGCCCAAACGGCACGAUAUUCAGCCAGAUAGCGUUGACCUGCGACUGGUGGUUCAACGUAAAGUGCGAAACAACUACUCAACUCUAUGUGUUAAAUGAACGAUUAUAUAAAUACAUCCUACCAAUCAUGCCCAAAUUCCCUGAAGAUUUCACCGGCCCGGAAGUAGAUCGAUACUUGGAGCUCAAAUUUAAGGAGAUGGAGGCAAAAAUGAAAGAAAAGAAGCUGAAGAAGCAGCAGGAGGAGAAGAGCAAGCACAAGGACAAGUCACAAACGGCAAACGACGAAGAAGUAGACGAAGCGUAAUUAGAACGUUACGUAUUAAAUAACUUAGUCUUAAUACUUGACUCGUUGCCAUUAUAACGAAAAGUAAAUGUCUCGUGGGCUGUGUAAGGUUAUUACACACUUCUGUUGUAACGAGCCUUGCAAUCCCGAAAAAGUGCAAUAUGUAUAUGAUAGAGUUAUAUGUGAUUGAAGCAUAAAGUAAAUUACAUUGCGCAUAAAAUAAGUUAGAUUAUCUCACGGUUUUUGUACGGGUAUGAAAUGGCUGAUGAUAUUAAGUAGAUAUUAUAAUAUUUCUUAUAUUACCUCUAGUCAUAUAUAUGCGUACUAUUGUGUACUAUUUAUCACGAAAAAUGUGCCCGCCUAUCUUAGGAUUUCUUUCGGUCUACAGUUCUGCACUAGACAAAUGUCUAGUUGAGCCAUAAAUUUUCAUCGUGAUAAGUCAUAGUUUUUGAAGCAGAUAAUAAAUAAUUAUGUUUUCCGAACAGCGUAAACAAUACUAUUAAUGAAUCGAGAUAACGCUCCUUGUAAAAUAUUAAUAUACAGUUAUAAUAAAUCAAAAAUUAAUAUGAUUUACUAAAAGUUAUUUACGAUUCAAUAUUAUUAAUAUUCAGUAUAAAUUCAAUAUAAGAUUUCAAUAUAAAUUUCCAUAUAACUAUGCAAUACUAAAUAGCACAUGCUAAAUUGAACAUUUCUAGUAAAUGAUAUAAAUAGUAACAGUUAUAGAAGGUUAUUAGGUUUUGUGAGCGUUGAUAAUAUAAUUAAUUAUUAAUUUUAUUACAAAUAUCACAUAGAAAAACUCAACUAGAUAUCGCCAUUUACUUAUAAUUAUUCUAUCCCAUUCUAUAUAUAUAAGAUGGUAUCCCAAUUUGUAUAUGCUUGUUUAUAUUUAAUGUAUGUAUUUCUAUCAUGAGAAUGUAUUUCUAUCACGCGAGAAUAUGACUAGAAUAUUUUAUUUAUAAUUUAUCAAAAAUUAUUUUUAAAAAUUACAUUAAAAUAGUAAGCGAUAUAUGCAAGUUGAAUAUCGUCAAAAUACCAUAUGUUAAUCUUUUUCUAUGUAUAGCUAAUAUUUUGUUACAAAUUUUAUUAAUAAAUAAAUUUAUUUAUUUAUCAUUUUUUGGCAUAUCUCGUAAUAAUUAAACGAGA